AUGGACCUGCCCCCCCAGCUGGCCUUCUCCCUCUACGUGGCAGCCUUUGUGCUGGGCUUCCCACUUAACGUGUUAGCCAUCCGAGGGGCCGUGGCACACGCCCGCCUCCGCCUCACCCCCAGUCUGGUCUAUGCUUUGCACUUGGGCUGCUCCGACCUGCUGCUGGCCCUGUCUCUGCCCCUCAAGGCCGUGGAGGCCCUGGCGGGGGGUGCUUGGCCCCUGCCCUUGGCGCUCUGCCCAGCUUUUGCCCUCGCCCACUUUGCCCCACUCUAUGCAGGUGGCGGCUUCUUGGCGGCGCUGAGUGCUGGCCGCUACCUGGGUGCUGCCUUCCCCUUGGGCUACCAAGCCAUCCGGAGGCCCUGCUAUUCUUGGGGUGUGUGUGUAGCUGUAUGGGGCCUGGUUCUCUGCCACCUGGGGCUGGUUUUUGGGCUGGAGGCUCCAGGGGGCUGGAUGGACAAUACCACCAACUCUCUGGGCAUCAACAGGCCUGUCAAUGGUUCCCCUGUGUGCCUGGAGGCCUGGGACCCCGCUUCAGCAGGGCCUGCUCGCCUCAGCCUUUCUCUACUGCUUUUCUUUCUGCCCCUAUGCAUCACGGCCUUCUGCUAUGUGGGCUGCCUCCGGGCACUGGCUGGCUCAGGCUUGAGCCACAGACGCAAGCUGAGGGCAGCCUGGGUGGCCGGUGGGGCACUGCUCACGCUCUUGCUCUGCUUAGGGCCGUACAACGCCUCCAAUGUGGCCGGCUUCCUGCACCCCAAUAUGGGAGCCAGCUGGCGGAAGCUGGGGCUCAUCACGGGUGCUUGGAGCGUGGUACUCAACCCUCUGGUGACUGGGUACCUGGGAGGGGGACCUGGGAGGGGUACAUCGUGUACAGCAAAAACCAAAGGGGGCACAUCUCAGAAGUAG